UUGACAAUGAGACAAGCAUGGCGGAGAGCACGAGACAUAUAACGAUUCAGAGAGGCGACUCAUUACCUGAGCUGCAGCAGUGCAACAAGUGCUGCAGCUAUUACCACUGCCCUUUUUGCUCGGCCAGUGUAUUUAAGCCAGCAAAACUAGUAAAAUUAAAAAGUCAUGUACAAAUCCACUUCAACAAGGCAGUUGUCUAUGGAGGCUUCACUAUACACAGAUGUGGACUGGGAUGUAGAACAGCACUGCAUUACCACUGCCCAUACUGUGAUACUACAGUUUUAAGGAGAAGGGAUUUUGAAACGCAUGUACAGGUUUGCAAAAACAAACCGCUUCCAACUUCAACCACAAUUUUAUCACCAGCCACUGCAGCGCUGACCACACCUUCUGCAGCCACUCUGACCACACCACACAGGGUUCGUGUGCAGCCUGUGAUUAAAAAAAAAUGCCCAGUUUGCAAUAUCCUCAUUAAUAGAAAAAACUUUAAAAAACACAUUGACCGCAAACACACAGAACAGCCAAUACAGGACAUAAUUGCCACAUUCCAUCUUGUAAGCCAGUGCAUUGACAGGACAAAUGGCAUAUUUACAGUUCUUAAAGUUACCAAGGGUCACAGUGUUCCUCUUCAUAUUCAGCUCAAGACAUGGGGAGAACACCAUAAGGUCAUCUGUGAAUCACAUGAAUGUCAGGUCAACAUGGAAGUUGCACAGAGGAGUGGCCUGUCAUCAUAUCAGUGCAAACACAUCCGCUCUGUAACUUACUGCACAUCUUCUGCCGAACCAGUCUCCCUGAAAGAGGAGAUUUUAACCGAGAUGGUAAAAGCAAAGUGGUUUAGUAAUGAAAAGAAGAAGAUAUGCCUUACUCACCAGCAACUUGCCAACAGCAGUUGCAUACCACUCUCUGUUCAAACUUCGAUUGGCACCCCUGAAACAAAGAAAUUAAUUUCCGUAUUUGAACCCAAUGUCUCCUAUUACAGUCGGUUGGGACGUGUAAUGGUUGUGUAUGACUCAAAAUUAAACACAUGGCAUUGUCCCUGUGCCAAAUUGAGGCGUUCAUGUUUGCACAAAUAUAUUGCAAAAUGGCACCUUUUUCAGACCCAACGUGAGUUGUUUCGAACAGUCUUCAGCAGAGAAGAAUCACCACUCAAAGGGCCACAUGCACAGUCUGAGGAGAAUGAUUUCAGAGAAGACAGUCCUGUUUAUCCUCCAAAAGAUCUGGGGCUAAAAAAUAUGGUAUCUUACAUUCUUCAGCACAAGAAGAUACCCGUUGAUCUACCAGAUGAUGUGCAUGCACCAUCACCAGACAAGGACUACCCAAGAAACCUUUGUCCAGAUGAAAGUAUCUGUCAGAGUUGUCCAGGUGUUGUCCCCCUCAGUGAUCCCAUCCUAAUUACAAAGAAGGCUAAAAUACUCACAAACUGGUCCAUUAUUGAAGACAUUGCCACCUACUGUAAGCAGUGCCCACUUUGUGGAAUGUUCUACCGUUACCAGGAGUGGAAAGACCACCUACAUAACUUCAAUGACCACAUCAUCCUUGCCAUACCCUUAUGCCUUACCUUGAGAAGCCUUCUCCAGCUUUCUGGUGGUGCACAAAAUCCAUUUGUUGUUAAACCCAUGUAUCACUUCUGGGCUCCUUGGAUUGGCAAGAACACAUGUCGUUCAGAUAUUGUGCUAAACACAGAGUAUGAAAAACUUCAUUCUUCAAAGUCUGCCUCAGAGACCGCAGAAAUUACAGUGACAGAGGAGAGGCUGAAGGAAGAACUUCAAAAGCAAAAGGUUAAUGUUAUUCGGAAACUAUGCAAAGAAUGUGGUCUGGACUCCACUGGAUCUCGGAGUGACCUCCUCCUCAGAUUGUCUAAUGAAAUGAAAUCGAGGCAAACAUAUGAUAAAAUCUUUGAAAAAAUCUGCGGUGCCUCUGGAGGCUGGGGAGUCAUCAUGUGCCCAUGUGGCAUAGUUUACAGUUUAAAAAGCAAUCUUCGAGCAGAAAGCCCUCGAGAUUUUGCUGAUCUUCUGUUCUCAUGGAAGCAUCUGCCGAACAUCAUUAUUUAUGACUUUGCACGCGGUUUAGCAACACAUGCCAAUCUAAGGGCACCAGAAAGCAUACCUAUUCGUCCAUAUGAAGGACGCUUAGCAGAACCCAAUGAAGAAAACAUUAAACUUGCCAAAUCUGGAAAUCUGAAAGUGUCCUUGCCUUGGCUGGAGGAAAAAAUGAGUGUGAGCGAUCCUCAAGGACACCCACUGACAGGGUCUUCGGAUCAUUACGUAUUGUCUGACCGUUUUCACGAGAGCAAUUCCAAAGACAGUAGAGAUGUUCUGAGGAAGAUCACUAUAGUGCCUCAACUAGCUGGCAAAAUAAAUAGCCAGGUUGCAGAGCAACUGUUCUCAAAGAUGAGAAAAAAUAACUACUUUUUGAACAUGUCUCAGCCAUCAACACAUCUGUUUCAAAUGAGGACCAUAAUUCACCACUAUAACGAAAACAAGAACAACAAAGUGAGGACUAGAUUAAUGAAGACGUUUGGAUCAAAGUUGGUGAAGAAUAUGCAUGGACAGGCUGUGCUGGAAAAUUCUGACAUCUCCACUGAGGAGCCAGUCCCCAUAGACAUUGAGAUGGAGGACACAACCCUGACCUCAACGAUGGUCCCAACCAGUACAGGAAAUGAAAUUGUGUGUAGCAUCGAACACCUGUUUGCCAGUAGAGUGUGUUGGGAUUGUCUGCCAAGCCAUAGACAAUCAGCAAUGCUUGACUGGGCUUUGGGGACAGAUGACCCAGAUGAAACAAUUGGAAAAGUUGGGAACUUGGUUCUGAGGAGGAAAGAUUUCCGUACUCUAGGUCUCAAUGAGCUGUUGGAGGCAACAAUUGCAAACAGCUGUCUUGAGGUGAUUGCAUUGGUGGCUAAGGAACAUGUAAGUUUUUGUAAAGCUGCAAAUCUCAAAUAGUCAGAGACCUAGUUG